AUGGGAAAAACUUCUGGGGAGGAAAAAGAGUGCCACAUAUGCCCGAUUACACAUGAAGAUAUUAAAUCAAACGACAGUAGGCUCGUGCCAAUCAUCAUAAACAGCAUCCAUAAGCCACAAAGGACCCACAUCCAACCAGUACGACAAACUUUGAUCGCGCAAAUUGAAGCGGGCAAUGCGAUGGGCAGCCUUGUUCGCUUGGCGAGGAAUAUGACGAACAGCAGCAGACGCAGACCUGACCAGCUUUUGAAACAAUCCACCAGACCUCCCUCAGCAGCAAGGCAUUCCUCCUCGCUGUUGGCCAGAGAAGCUGCUUGCAAGGAAUCAGACUCAAUCUCCAGAGGCACUAGAGAUGCGUCCAACGCAAAAGAGAGUCCAACUUUAAGAGCAUACAGCUCUGUUGCUAGUACAGAGAUCCGACUUGGCGCCCGCAUAGCUAGAGCCCCAACCAGAUUUCCAUGA